GGAUUCGCAAAGACAGUAUCUGUUACGAAUGACGCCAAGAUACAGACGAUGCCUCCUCGCCAAGCAUCUAGGGAUAUUUUCGUUAUUCACCUUGAUCACUGCGGUUCCAAGUUCUUCACUUAAAUUGUCCCGUUGUCUCUCCUCUCUCCUUAACCAAUAUUUAAGGUACGCAAACUCGCGGCUCACUUACACACUCUCUUCAUCCUAUUCCAUCCCUCUCCCACCCAUAAAAUACACUUCAUCAUGCGGCUGCCCCGACCCCCUUUUGACCCGGAGCUCGCGCCCAUUCAAGCUGCCUUUGAGCCGUUCGGCCCCAUUACCCCAGAGUUCGUCAUCAAUCACCAUGCGCGCACCGACCGUACCUUGGAAGCCCCACACAUUGCCGCCGCGGAAGCCAUAGGCGACCGGCCCCUUACGUACGCCGAGCACACGGCCCCCGGCCUCGGCCUGAAUGACCCUCCCAUCGCGCUCUCCAUCUUCACGCCCAACACGGCCCCAGUGGAUGAUAAGAAGCGGUGGCCCUGCAUCUUUUACGCGCACGGCGGUGGUCUUAUUUUCCUCCACCGCCUCGUCGGACUCUCGCAGCCGCUGGACUGGGCUGUGGCCGCAGGCGCCGUGCUCAUAAGCGUCGAGUACCGCCGCGCGCCGGAGCAUCCGCAGCCGGCGGCGUCGGAUGACUGCUUCGCGGCACUGAAAUGGGUACAGGCAUCAGCAGGCGUACUAGGCAUUAAUGCUGCACGUAUCCUGGUGGCCGGGCAGUCGGCAGGCAGCGGGCUGGCGGCCGGGCUCGCGCUGCGGGCGCGCGACGCGGGGCUUAACCCUCCGGUGCACGCGCAGAUGCUGCCUUGUCCAAUGCUCGACGACCGCUGCAAGUCCAUUAGCUGCGCGCAGUUCGAUGACGGCGUAGAGCCGUGGGACCGGACUAAGAACGCGGCGGCGUGGGCCAUCGCGCUGGGCGAGCGCGCCGGGGCCCGAGCCCGGGCCGGCGACACUGUGAGCUCAUACUGGGCGCCUGCGCGGGCCGAGACACUGGUGGGGUUACCACCCGCGUACAUUGAAGCGGGGUCCGCCGAGUUCUGCCGUGAUGAGGCAGUGGAAUUCGCGUCGCGGCUCUGGUCGGCCGGGGUCUCGGCAGACCUGCACGUGUGGGCGGGCGGUUUCCACGGUUUUGACGAGAUGGCACCAGAUUCGUGGUUGGGACGCCGGGCUAUCGCGGCCAAACUGGAGUGGGUGCAGCGAGUGCUGACGGAGUGAUAUUGUUGAACGGCCGGGUAAACAAGAUGUAGCUGCGUUACGUCAGUAGGCGCAUUAUCUGGUGAGCUGCCAUACCCGUGGCCGGGUUGAGAGAAAGAAUGUCGCCAUGUGCGGUUGCAAGAGCGCAUAGAAAAAGAGUAGGACUCGAGGCAGACGUCCUUGAUCACAGUGAGACAAAGGGGGGCGUUUACAUAUUCGUUGCACAUCUCCAACCAAUUCCUCUAACAUUGCACAUCGCAAGCGGGCUAACGGUUUUACAUUCUCCGCAUUGAGAGACCUUGGAAGUUUAGGGGGCUAGAGAUGCUUAGUAUUUGCGUCUGACUUGUGCUUUGCCCGCAAAUAGAUAGAUUCAUACACAGAAGUCCACUCAUUGGACACACACGAGUGACAGACCACAGAUUAUACCAAGCAAGA